AGGAAGGCUGGAGCCUGCCCCGUUUCCUGGCAGCUCGGAUUUUCCGGCUCAGGAGGCAGAAGAGGAGGCUGGUGGCACUUUGUGGGAAGGGUCGGAGCGGUCGCAGGCUGCGAGGGUUGCCCGGCCUGCGGGAGCGCAGCUGCUCGGCAGAGCUCUGCUCCCCGGCCCCAGAGACGCCGCUGCAGCGCCCGGGGAGCGAGGGGCUGCUGAGCUCUCCGUGCCGAGAACCCCAGGCCAUCCUCGCUGUGCUGGCCUCGCUCAUCAUCACGGCCAACGUGCUGGUGGCCAUCGCUCUCCUCCGCCUCAUCCAUAAGAGCGGCUCCAAGGGGCUCUGCUUCGUCCUUAAUCUCGCCGUUGCGGAUGCCAUGGUUGGCUUCACGGUCAUGGGUCUGGUCAUGGAUGAAUUUUCCCAGCCCUUCUGCCCUCCCCAGAUCUUCUGCGUCCUGAGAAUGGCUUUCGUGACCUCCUCUUCCGCUGCCUCUAUCCUGUCCCUGAUCCUGGUUGCCUGCGACAGGCACCUGGCAAUCAGGAAGCCUUUCCACUAUCUCCAGAUGGUGACGGGCCUGCGGGUGGGGACGCGCGUGGUGGGGGUCUGGCUGGUCGCUGCCAUCAUCGGCUUCCUCCCAGUCCUCAGCCCGGCCUUUCAGAUGGUCUCCCACCGCGAGAAGUGCUCCUUCUUCAGCGUCUUCCAGCCCGCCUACAUGCUCACCGUCUUCUGCGUCGGCUUCUUCCCCAAGCUCUUCCUCUUCGUUUACCUCUACUGCGACAUGUUGAAAAUCGCCUCCGCGCACGUGCAGCACAUCCGGGAAGUGGAGCACGCAGGGCUGGCGGGGGGCUGCCCCCCAUCCCGCACCAUCAGCGACGUCAAGGCCAUGCGCACCGUCGCCGUGCUCGUCGGGUGCUUCGCGCUCUCCUGGCUGCCGUUCUUCAUCGCCAGCAUCGUGCAAACGGCCUGUCCUGGCUGCUUCCCCUACAAAGUCAUCGAGAACUACCUCUGGCUGCUGGGACUCUGCAACUCCCUCCUGAACCCCCUGCUCUACUCCUUCUGGCAGAAGGAUGUGCGGCUGCAGCUCUCCCAGCUGGCUGCCGGUGUGAAGAGGAGAGUCCUCCUCCGCCUGGGGAAUGGCCACCGUGGCCCUGGCAGAGGCGCCGAGUCUCUCCCCACGGUGUCCUGCCUGCGGCUCCGGGACUGA